AUGGCAGCAAUUCUACGGCUGCUGGUGGGUGAGGAGGUAAAGGCACAGUUUGAAGAUAUUGAUGCGAGCAAUCAAUUUGUUACAGAGAAUAAAAAGUUGUUUAAAAAUGAUCUACAUUUUCUUUUCCCAAAUAAGAUUUUGGCUGAGAAAUAUGCAUUACAAUUGUGCAUCGACUUAAGGAAUGUGGAAAGUAUUCUUGAAAGUUUGAGAUGUACUUCACUGCAAGGCCUGAGUGCAAAAAAGACAUUUGAAGAUACGGGACUUGCAACAAUACGAAUUACUUACACAAGCAAUGGAAAGAGAAAAGAAAAGACACGGCUGACAACAAAACUGAACAUUUCAGCUGGUGAUUUAAGAGCUGAAAUUGCACAAUUAACAGGAAUGAAUGAAGGACAUGUAAAGCUUAUCAUGAACUCCAAAGUUCUUAAAAUGGAUCGAUCUCUUGCUGAACAGAAUGUGAAAAAUAAUUCGCUAAUUAUGGUUAUGCAAAUAACUGUCACUGAGGAGGAGGCUAAAGAGCAGGAGAUGGUUUUCCAAGAGGAGAUGAAAGAACAAGAUGAGUGCAAGGCCAAAAUAUCCAGGACCAGGAAGGGUGCUGAGAUUUUAGCACAACAUGGUGAGAACAGUAAUGUUCCAUAUCUCGAGAUUGCAGAUCAAAAAGGACGGCCCAUCCCUAUUCCAGCUGAGGAGAAAAAGGCACUUUUGUUAGCCAUGACGUUACAUGAAAAAGGCAGAGCAUUUAUGAAGAAGAGAGAUUAUGCAUCGGCGCUGUUAUAUCUGUUGGAUGCUGAUGAAGAAUUUGGAAAGUGUGGGUCUGAGCUGCUGAACACCGUGGAUAACCAUGCAGUUCUACAACUAGAAGUCGUGUGGUGUUUUCUUCAACUGGAACAGCUUGAUUGUCUUCGCGAUGCGGAAGAGAGAUUAAGACGAGCCCAAACCCGGCUAAAUAACUGCUAUGGAGAGAACCUGGAGCGACUCUAUAACCUGAAGGGCAGCACUGCCAAUGAGCAGGUGCUGUACUUGCGGCUCAAGUUACUUCAGGGAGUGGUGUUGUAUCACAAAGGAAAACUGCAGCAGGCAAGGAAACAUCUGAAUGAGGCAGAAAUAUUAUUGGGGAAACUUUGCGUGGAUGAUAAAAAGGUGGUGCAACUCAUGAGUCUUGGAUUCACAGCCCAGGAGGCACGGUUAGGAUUACGAGCAUGUGACGAUGACAUUAACUUUGCAGCAUCGCAUAUCUACCAGAGGAGAGAGGAGAAAGCUGAAAUAAGGAGAAAAGAGAGAGCAGAAAGGAAGAGGAAAAAGCAAGAAGCGAUAAAUUCCUUGGUGGCGUUGGGCUAUACAGAGAAGGCUGCCGCCAAAGCAUUUCGAUCUGCGAACAACAACUUGGAACAUGCAAUAGAGAUACUCCAGUACAGCCCCGAGCCCUUCUACCAAGACGAUGAAGCUGGCCCUAGUACUCGUAUCGAAAUCUCUGACGAAGCUAUAAAUCAGGUGGCAUUCUUGGGUUUCGAUCCCUCUGCUGCCGAGGUUGCUCUGAGGAGGUUUAACGGCAACAUUGAACGUGCUGUUCAGGCACUGAUGGAUCACAGUGGCUACCUUCCUUCAAGUCUGGUUAACUCACCCCCUUCCUCAUCUUCGCCCGAGGACAUGGAGGUGGAAGAGCCAUCAGAAGAGAAACGAAAAGAACGUGAAAUUGUGGAAGAGGUUUUGGCCGACAUCCCAGAACAUGAAGAGGACUACCUUGACAUGACCCUGGAGGAGGAAAAGGAGGUUGUUAUCAAGUACAAGACCUGGCUACAAGGUUCACAGCAAUCUACCUCAUAAUUGGCAAGCAUCGAAGCAACCAGUGCUGGAACCUGGUCCCUGAAUCGUGCCACAUGCCUUUUUCAAACUGUCUGCCCUUUUGGGGUGAUUCAUCAACUUUAGUUUUUAACUUGGUCAAUGAUUUGAUUGCCAAAAUCACUUUUAUAUAAAACACCAAAACCCUCUACUAUUCCUUCAAUCAAAUAUGCUUUUCGAAUUACUAUCAGUAAAAUUUAACUCUUUACUCUUGUACCUUAGCAGUAAAGGCAGACAUUUGCUUUGGCAGGAAUGUUUGUACUCAAAGGUACACAAAAAUGCUGGAGAAGCUCAGCGGGUGCAGCAGCAUCUAUGGAGCGAAGGAAAUGGGCAACGUUUAAGGGUUUCGGCCCGAAACGUUGCCUAUUUCCUUCGCUCCAUAGAUGCUGCUGCACCCGCUGAGUUUCUCCAGCAUUUUUGUGUACCUUCGAUUUUCCAGCAUCUGCAGUUCCUUCUUAAACAACAUGUUUGUACUCAAACUUGGUGCUGAUGUGCAAAGCAAACAUUGGUCUGGCUGUUCAUUUGUACUGGGCGAUGGUCUUUAGCAAUCGAGUUGCCGUUUAUUUGGCUUCUCUUGGCUUUUGGUUUCAUGUGUACUGAACUGCAGACCUGUUAAGAUCAAACUUGCAAAACCAGUGCAUUGUACAUCCCAUGAAUUAGAGAAUACUACCAUUAAAGGUACUAAAUUGCUUGCAGAUAGAUGUGGAUCAGUAUUAAAGGUUGUUUACCCAUUUCUCUAGUCACAUUUUUUAUGACAUGGAAUCCUGCUCUGGUUUCGCGUGUCAGCCAGUGUUAAGUUUGACUCUACUAAUGAAGGGUAGUGUUUUACAAAUUAAGUAUUUGAAAUGAAUGCUAUCCAAGAUAGAUAUAAAUGCAGAAGUCAGCCCAUGUAUACAUGCCAAGGAUUAUUCAUACAUCGACCUGAAGCUUUACCUGAGUUUAUCUGCAAAGAUCUGAGUGAUUUCACUCCCAGACCUGUAUUUGUUCAAGCAGCGUUUUGCCAUGCACAAGAAGCAUUGAGACCUACAUGUCUCUUCUGCUUUCAUCAGUAGCCAGAGUGUGACUGCCGUCCCAAAGUGUCUUUGAAAUUUUGUGCUAGGUUUCCUGGUGUUGCCUUCAGGGCUAAGCUCCACAGCGAUUUUGCUCCAGAAACAGGAGAAACACUGACGACUGGGGGUGUUUGGUGUGGUUUUGCCACCUGAAUACGCUUGAUCAAACAUCAUUUUUACAGAUCUUCAAAGGCACUGCUGCAAAUCGUUUGACGUUUCGAAAUGUAAAAGUAGGAAUUUUUCUUUCAAUUCAGCAGGAGAAUUUAAAUAGAAAUUGUAUGCAAUCUUAUUUUUGAACAAAAUGUAUUUUGUAUUACUGGAAUGCAACUUUGUGUACAAUGCCAAAUUUUCAGCAAUAACUGAUGAUUUUAUAGAGAAAUGCUUUGUUAGCACUUAACUGGAUUGAACUGCAAAACUCAGCUGAUUUAUCCUUCUAUUUCACCGCCCAUGUUCUCAAGUGCUGCUUGUGAAACUGUGGCAGUCGUUUUAAGAGUUCUUGGACAUGGAUCCCAUCCAUUUAUUUGUAAAAUCAAUUAUUGGUUUGGAAAUUAUUUCUUCAAAAGACCAGGUUUUGAAUUUAUCAGCCUGGCUGCAUUGGUCACUUUUUAUUGUUUAUUUCCAAAUCCAUUUCUGAUUAUAUAUUUUUAUUUUUAAGUUUCAUCUGUCUCCCUUAUCUUGUUUUAUUAACUUUUUUUUAGUGACAACAAUCUUGUCAUUUUCCUAAAUUAAAUAGUAUCCUUUUCUUAAAUCCAAUUUCCUGGGCAUAAUUCUUUGAGUUUAAAAUUAUCAAAUAAAAUAUAUUGAGUAAUAAA